UAUGUGAAACACUUUUCGAGCUGGUUACUUUUUGCUACCGUACUAUUGGAAUGUACCAUUUUGAAUGUGUAUCUCGCGUUGCGCUGUGUCCACACUAGAGACAUAGACAUUUCGCCGUUGGCAGUUCUUUGGAUAUUGGACGAGUUUGUAGUUAUUUUUCGACCAGGGUAAAUCGUCAGAAUUUGGUCUUCUACGUUGGAUUUGAAUUGUUUUCUCCUCUGUUUGCUCGUGUUGAUAACGCGAACGGAUUGUCAAUAGUGACAUUUGUUGACGGAGUGGGGCCGAUAUUCAAGGAAUGGUUAGGCUACAGCGUAGCAACAGUUAAAUUAGUUCUCCGUGAAACCGGAAGACUUGCUUGCUCAUGCUGCCUUGUUCAUUCUUGAGCGGCUGUCUCGACGAUUAGAUCUGGAAUACGUCGCCUAUUGUAAUUCCCAUAAUAGAUCAUGUGCCAUGUCAUACAGUCUACAUAAUGGGUUGAAUGUGACAAUUAGAACACGUCUAUUCCCCUUUCUAAUUUGUAUUCAUAUAUUGAUCGUUUAUGGUUGUGCGUCUUGAAUUUAUUUUGACAGUAGAAAGAUUGGUUGGGGGGCGGUUCAGAAACAUAGCAGCACCCCGCAUGUUUUUGUGGGACAGAUAGAGAGCGGGUGUUGUAGAUGCAGGGAGAACAUGCUUGUGUAAAGGAUCUCCCCUCCUCCAUGCCUUUGUCUGUGGGAGUGCUAAGCUAAGGGCUGACUGGGGAGUGUUGAGUGGGGAUGGGCAGGACAGAGGGAGCUAGGUAGCUUGACUGGCUGUUUUAUAAAGUGAAUGGGUUGCCCCUACUCAGACCUUCAGCGCACACACAGCGGAAUUGAAAGGAAGUCAUUUGCAUCGUCCAAGGGGGAGGGGUACUGUUUCUGGUCUGGUUUUAGAGUUAGUCUCAAAACACCUCUGCCUGGAAGAGCCGUCAGAGAUGAGAAAUGGCCCAGGACAAGCAAUUGAAACACGCGUGGGAAAAUGUGGCGAGUGUUGUGCUUUUUCUCAGUUAGCCUAUAAUUGUUUGACGUGAGUGUAGCCUAUAAUAUAAAAGCGUUUAUGCGAGAGCUCAACUCGGUCCUGUGCAUUUUAUGGGCCUUAAUAAACCGAGCCUUUUUCUAAGGACCGAAGUGUGCUGGCAUGGGGUCGUUGAAACUUUUUGAACGUCCACUUCCGAUUAAUGGAAACGUAACAAGUGUUGCGUUUGGGAUUCUUUGAAGUAUCAAGCUGUAAAGUUAGGACAGGCAGAAAGCAGCUUACAAAAGCUCUUCUUAUCACUCCUAUCUUACAGCUCUUUGGCUUCUUGGCAGAAGAGUAGCCGAGUAACUGCUUCUUGCUCUGGCUUGAAUCACCCGCCCACCUUAUUCGCAUCCCGUGAUCUGAAUGCGAGUGAAUGAACAAUCACCGCCCAUUCUACUACUCCUAUGACGAACAUGUACGGUUAAAGUUGUACACACACCACAUCUCUGUGAUGCAAAACGUGUUUCAUUUACGUGAUGAGGCUCAUGUAUUGCAGGCUGUAUCACAUAUGGCCGUGAUUGGGAGUCUCAUAGGGCGUCGUCCGGGGUUGGCGGUCAUUGUAAAUAAGAUUCUGUUAUUGACUGACUUGCCAAGUUAAAUAAAGGUAAAAUGAAUCAUACGGAUGAAAGUGGAGAAAAACUGGGUAACAGGAUGUUUGUUUGUCUCAGUAUAGGUGAUGGAUGGACGUUUGUUUUUUGCAGAUGGUGUUUUGAGAUGGUUGGUGCUGUGUGUAGCAUGAGAUUGGUUGUAGAAACAGGUGUGUGUGUGGGUGCGUGUGAAAGGUGUCAGUGAAUGUAGGCCGUGUUUGUGUGGCUCUCUAACAUACUUUUACAUCCACUUUCAUUGCCCGUGAGAGAACAUCAUCAUAUUCGGUGUGUGUGUGUGUGUGUGUGGUAACCUGAGUCAAAGGCGAGGGGAACUAACUCGAUGAUGAAACCACUAUUUGUCAGAGACCACACCAAGUCUUGUUUAUUUGUUUAGCAGAAACAAAGGGUGUCAUGUCUUCACCAGGGAAGUACAGCAGAACAUUAGUCCUGCUGCAAACAAUAACACAAGCCCCUCUCCUUUCCCAAACGUCUAUCCAACGUUUUAACAGGUAGCUCUUAAGGAUGAAGAUGAAAACGUGUACAUGUCGUCUCCACCUACCCAGUCCUUUCCAAUAUGCAGGAGGGGGAUAUAGAUUGUCUAAGCCCUAGACCAGUGGUGGGCAACUCCAGUCCUCCAGGGCCUGAUUGGUUCCCAGCUUUUUUUUUGCCACCUCUUAGCAAACACAGCUGAUUUAAUCAAAUUGCGUUCAAAACUGAAGCUCCCGAUUAGGUGAUUUAUUGGGGGCAGGUGUGUUAGCUGCACUGCCGUUGCCCACCCCUGCCCUAGAGCGUUGGGAAGGGGUACGACACUGUUUACGAGGUGUGUGUUGAAUAUGGCUACGCAGGUGUGGUAGUUUUGUGUUUGUCUGAAAGUUCUAGAGACUUGUGUGUCCCUGUUGUUUGACUUUUUAUUUUGGUCUGUUCUUGUCACCCCCAUGACUACUUUUACUCCCAACUACUCUGGCAAAGAGAGAGUGAGAGGCCAGUAAUGAGUGUUAGGGGCAGGUACAUUGUCAGAGUGCGUAUUAGAAAAGAGUGCGAGAGUGGAUGAAUGAGAAAAGUAGUGAAAACCGAGAGCUGGAGAAAGAGGCGAGGCCAGUCCGUGAACGGUCCAGUAUUCUUUGGGCUAAAUGAACAACCAGUCCAAUCCGCCAUAACAAACACAGAUGUCUGUGUGCAUCAUUCUCACUGUGCUUUCUGCCUGUUCAGAUAACUAGAACUGGUGUAAUUACCAGCUGUUCCUACAAACAUCGGACUGGACGGUAGCUGUACCUCAUCUGGCAUUAACUCUGCAGGGGAAAGUUCAGUCCGAGGUCUGACGAUCAUUAACGCUCUCUGCUCUGUUACUUACACACACACAGAUAGAGGUGGGCGUGUGUUGAGGGUCAGGUGGACCUUAAUGUUGUUGUUCAGUGGAGACCACAGACCUUCAGCUCUUGGAAUGAAGACCAAUCUGUACUAGGGAAUGGGAAACGGUGGAGAGGGCUCUCUUGAGAAAGUAGUUUGUCUCUCUCUCUCUCUCCACCUUACUAACCAUCCACCAUGCCACCGAAACCACGGCAACCGUUGUCUCGGAAGCAAUCUGCUCUGUUUGUGUGUGUGUUUCUGGGGGUACUAAUCAGGGUGCUUACUUGUUUGUGUCUCUUGCGCUGGAUUCUGGGAAGUGAGGUCUAGGGCAAGUACUGAAGACACUGGGGGGGUUCUGUCCCAUCUCAAAACAAGGUGUUUUGUUGUUUCACUGAGAUGUUGUGAUCGUCUGUGUUCGGGGAAACCGAAGGCGGGUUGGAAUUUUUUAAGUGGCGGCACUGGGGAAAGUGAGAGUCUUUGAUCAAGUGUUGUAACUGUCGCACAUGAAAGCGUGUGAUCAUUCAGUUAUCAGCGACCACAAAUAUCACAACCCAUUUUUAGACGGUCACAAACACUGUUUUCAGUCUCUGACGUUCCCAUACUGAGUCACUGCUUCACGUGUGUACCUGAGACACACACACACACACACACACGUGUCAGUGUUCAGAUGAAGGCAUGGGCUCUGGCUCUUUCUGUCUCUCUCGAAGUCACGCUGUUUCUGGAAAAUGAGAACCCGGUCGAACGUCACUCCUCCUUUUCUUCUAAAGUCCUCAGAAAUCUCUUCCACCGAACAAGUGACAUUUGCCUCAGUGGCUGACGGAACCUUCCUCAACAGACACGUCAGUCAGCGACUCUGUUGCUGACAGACGAGAGAGAAAAAUAGCCUUUGAGCCUUUAUCGUCAGUUACCAUUUAAAUGACCUGCCUCUGAUAUAUUUCUGUUAUCUGUGUUAGAUGGUUUAGUCUUUGGUCAGACACGUGGACUUCGUCAUGUCUGACAUGGAUUCAAAGGUUUUUAGAAAUUAACCCCUGUUGUUUUCUAUUGACAUGUUUACUCUCAUUCCCUCACUCACAUAUUUAGACAGCACUUUCGUUUACACACACACACACUAUCUGUUGCACAGGAAACCACUACCCCUCCCCAAGCCAUCCACACCCACAUACACUUCAGGGAGGCCUAGCUACUUCCUGAAACUCUGACGGCAGCUUCCUGUCUGAUCUCAUACCAGCUUCUUCUCUCUUCUCCUUUUUCUAAACGUCACACCCGUGCGCCACGUCUGUGUGAACGGUCCUGAACCGUGAGAGAUCUCUCUCUCUCACACACACACACACACACACUGACAGUUGUCCAAAGCACAGAUAGCAGUUAGACAAAGCAGCUCUUGCUGUUUCCAUCUUCUCAAACAGCCCAAAGCGGCUGACAUACUUUUGACUGUGUGCGGUAGUGUAGAACAUUUCACCAUGUCUGUCAUUAGACGGUGUGGGAGGGGGUCCAGAUGAGGGAGUUGGGCCAGGCUCUUCUCCAGAGUGUGAUCCGUGACUCUCAGAAACGGCACUUGUUCUGUUCGACUCCAGCCAGGGGCACAAUCCAAGUUCUCCAAAAGAACGGGAUGUUAACGUAUUUUAACCUCUGAGGAAAGGGCUUUCGGCGGAGUCUUAAACCUAACAGGCCCAAAUUGGCACAUACAAACGCUACCUAAUUUUCAGCUUGUCAACCCUGAUUUAUUUUUUUGGGGGGGCUGGCAAUCACAGUUAAAGGCUUGGUAAAUGGGUGAGAGGUUGCGUUUGCUGUGUUUCUGGGGUUGAUGUGGAGCACUUGGUUUAUUUAUUAGAAGGCCAAACCCCUAGAUCUAGACUGUGCUACAGUGCUGUACUAUAGUUAGUAUGGUGGAAGAGAGUUGGCUCUGUCCUGAACUGACCUGCUAUCCCUGCUGGAGGAUGUUCUGUGUGUGUGUGUGGCUGUAUCUCCCUGUGUGUGUGUAGGCGGUUGUGUGUGUGUGUGUGUGUGUGUGUGUGUGUGUGUGGGAAAAGCUUAAAUGCGAUGGUGACGAGCUAGUCUGCAUCGCACACACACACUGUGGGAGCCUGGCAACAGGACGAACGCAGGCGGGCUGUCUUGUUCCUGGCGGUGUGUGUGUUUCCUCCAGCACUCAAUCCUGGGCCAGUUAUGUAAUGGACUAGUGUCCCUCCCUCAUCCCUCGCUCUCUCCCUCCGCCAGACACACACACCGGAAGCUUCUCUCUCUCUCUCUCUCUCCCCCCUCGCAUCGCUCUUAUCAAGUUCCUCACUGAUCUCCAGGCCUCUGUCAGGAACUAGUGUCUGAAUGUUGUCGUCUGUCUCUCUCUCUCUCUCUCUCUCUCUCUCUCUGUGUCUCUGUUUCUACCAUAGUCAGUUAUCUAUUUUUAACUGAGCUUUUCUGUCUGUUUGGCUCUGGAUCAAACCACUAUAUGAGGCUGGCAGGGGAGUUCUGUGUUUGGGAUGGCUCUAACUAGAGUCUGGGGCCUAGAGCCUUUUCUUUUGUCAUUGAUUUGGUCACUGGGCUUUGCCUUUAGCUUGGCGGAAGCUGACUUCUAGUACUUGGCUAGUGAUCGCCGUGAUAUCACAGAAGUGAUUAUUUUCUUUUAGAGAUUUGGACUAGGGCUAUGGUUUGCUACUUGGAAUAGCGAUGCCCCUAGCCUUGCCUCCCUCUACCAGAGCCUUAGCCGUGUGUGUGUGUGUGUGUGUGUGAGUGAUGAGGUAACCAGAACGACGGAGGCGUUGAUUGGAACUUGUCUUUGAUGUCUGUCGCCAUGGGGGUUUCACUGUAACCCAGGUGACAUAAGGGGGCUACCGGGGGAGAAUUCAUACAUUAUGACAUUGUAAUGUUGAGCAAGAUUUUUAGUUGGAAUGAUAUUUGUACUGUUGAGAUUGAGGGGUGUGUGUAUGUGGUAACUUCAACGUAGUUAUUUGGAAUUGCCCCGGCUUGAUUAGGAAAAUCGGCAACACCACAACAGAAUUUGUGUUUUGUUGCCCCUCCCCCUCUGCAACUCAGUAUUUGGGGGAUUCCUCUCUUAGGCAGGGGUUUUAUGGCAAUCUACCUACCUCGCAUUCUAUUUCACCGUAACACUGGUUCACUAACCACCGACCAAUUCCGCCUGAGAAAUUCCCUGUGACAUCACGACGUCGCUAGCGACGCCCCCGGUCACCUGACCGUAAGUGGCAUCAUAGGGGAGGCGGGGUGUAGUUUGGGGUAAGCCCUGUUUACUGCCGGCGUGGCCCUUACUCACUCUCGGGGGGUUCCCCGUGCUGCGGCGCCCCGGAUGCAGAGUAUCGCAGUACACACACACACACACACAGCGUUACUGAUUAGUGACAGAUAACCAAAUGUAAGAAUACUGUCUCUACACGCAAGGCAAGUUCCGUUUCCAGACCUGAUCAGUUGUCACAUAAAAGGGAAGAAAGAUAUGAACAAGCACGGGUCUCGGUGUAUUUUAAUACAAUGGCGUCUUGAUGUUUGACUCUCACUCAUCUUCCGUGUUCAGUUCCUUGUGCUGCUUGUUUUUCAGUUUCACUUUCUUUUGUCUGUGGUUGUCACAUCUCAAUCCACAGCACACACCCUAUAUAAAAGUGUAAUUGCAGCCUUCUUCAUUCGGACUGCUCUCUUUCCCUUUUUCCCCCCUCUCUUGCUCUCCCCGUCCCCUCUCUCUCCUCUCUGUCUUGUUUCACGUGUGCUAGUUGAUGACAAGCCCUCACCCGGGUUUCCACACACACACACACACACACACAACGCAUACAGGGUAAAGGAGCGGAAGAGCGGAGGGCUGAUUUCUUUCUUUCCUCUCCUCCUCCAACAGUCUCUCCAUGUUCCUAGUAAACGUGGGAGAGGGUGAGCGAGAGAGAGAGGGAGACGAUGCUACAGUCACACUGAAACUACUAGUCUGUCUGUCUCCCGACUCUGACUGACAGGGCUGAAGAAAUCCCAGAGAUGAUUGGCUGUAGAAGCUGAGACUCGACGAGACAGAGGAUCUUGAACUCGGUGCUAUUCUGAAAGUUCAACUGGCUGUAUUGUAUUGGUGCUAUUGACGUGUUGAGGGUCUUCCUCGGUGUUGGCGCGUGGCCUUCUCUGUGCUGCGGUGGAGGGCUUCACAGACGCAGCUAGUGUGGCUGGAUGCAUCACGCAGUAGAGCAGUUUGGCGGGCGUGGUACACGGGACUCCUUCCCUCUGGACGGACUCAGCCGGGGAACAUGGGCUCCCGUGGGUGACCACGUCACCUGGGUGCCACCUGCCAGGUGUCCGCCAGGUGUCAAUCAACACCAGCUCCUACCCCAUCUACCGCCCAGUCACAUGGGUGGACUGAACCAUCCCAGUAAAUUCUUCAAUAAUGGGCCCAUGCAGAUGCGUGGCAGUGAGAAGCAGGAGCUGGCCCAGGCCAUGUUACCUGGCCUCCAGAGAGCGGACCAGCAACACCUCCCUCCUCCCCCUCACAGGGCGUGGGAACAGCCGGGUCAGCUGUACGAGUCGCCCCCCCCUCCUCAUCCAUCCGUACCACUGCCCAGUGACCACGCGACCCGUCUGCAUGGCGGGUAUAGCCCUGGGCCUCCCGCCAGCCUGCCCCCCAGGCCCAAUCAGCUACUGAAGUAUGUGGACCCUCAGGAGCAGCAUCUUCUCAGGGGUCUGACAUCGCUGGGUGAUGAUAUGUGGGCUCAGGUGCAGCAGAGGGGUUACCCAGGGAAGAUGUUGGGAGGGCAGCUGAAGAGACCGGCCCCCCCUCUCGGGGAGUACUCGGUCAUCCGGCACACCCCGCACCCCUCAACUCGCCCCAAUGAGGACUGCCCCAGUCCCAGCAAGAGGAAGAGGAGCGCUGAGCAGGUUCUACACCCAGGCAUACAGAGGUUCUCUGGCCCAGGGGGGCACCCCCUGCCCCCACAGCAGCAGCCCCCGUCCCACUACCCCCCUCCUCCACCCAAACCUGCUUUCUGGAACCCCAUGCACAAGGCGAGUGGCGCCCCCCGGGCCCAGCCCGAACGCAAGAACGGUUCCCCUGAGUUCCAGGUCCGAGCCGAGUCAGUCAAGUCCUGCAUGGGCGGCUACACCUACAAACCUCCCGCCCCCUCGCCCAUCUCCCCACCCCUCACCUCCUCCCCGGGAGGCUACCCUCAGAGGCACAGCGGGCCCCACCCACCCCACAAGCCCUCAUUCUCACCUCAGGCCCUCAAUCAACCCCCCCACAACAACCCCCACAGCUCUCACCCGCAGUACCCUAAACAACCAGCCCCGCCCCGCAUGGGGAUGGAGCCCAGGGGAGGUCCUCCUACCCCCCAGAGAGGCCCUACCACUGGGGGUAGGGGGGUCAACAACCAUCCGCCUCCUCACCACCACCAACCUCCAGCAAGGGGGGACAGGGACAGUAGGGAGCCCCCCCAACCCUCACCAGCAAACCACACCGGCGUGCCUUACAGCCACAACCCCCACUUCCAGCCCCACCCCGGGCUGGGCCACACUGCCCCCCACCCCCCUGCCAGCAGCACAGCAGUACCUCAGCAGCACAACCCCAGUCCCUCCCACCACGAGGCCUGGAGGCCCCAGGGGCAGGGCAGGCCACAAAACAACCACCCCCUGGAGUUGGGUUACUACAGGGCAGGGCUGGUACCUCAGGGGCAGCAGAACCAGGCUGGGGAGACCCGGGGUCCCGCGUCCCUCCAACACCAUCAGCACCCCCACAUCAGCUCCCCUCAGGUUCCUACCAGAACCCCCGUCAUCAUCUCCACCCCCCAGGCCCUCUGCUCACAGUCCCAAAACAACCGCUACAACAACAGUAGUAGUAUUACUGGACCUGCACUCUCCACUGUGAUCACAGCACCACCUGCUGUGUGUUCUGCUAACAGCACCUGUAGGAGAGGCAGGGAGAUGAUGUCACUACCCCACCAGUCCUCAGCUGCGUCUCAGCUGGAGAGAGACCCAGAGAGGAGCCCCAUCCACCCCAUGCUGCACCCAGGGUAUCAGGGAGCCCACGCGGGCACUGCCAACCACCCACACCGGGCGCCACCCAGGCCCCAGCAGCAGCAGUUCCCUAGCCAGCACCACCAACAGUCUGUCCAGGGGAAGUCUUACUACGGACGGUCUGAUCCGGAUGGCACUCCGGCCUCCUCUUCAUCCUCCUCCUCUUCGUCAUUCUCAGGACACCAGAGGGCAGGGGAGAGCGUCAUCACCAGCAGGGGGUCUCACCCCAGCCCCCUCACCCAGACGGAGGUCACUAGCUCGCCCCUGCACCGCCCCAUGCCCGCCCCCCAACCCCACACUGUCAGCUCUGCCCCCCAGCCAGCCUCCAGCCCCUCCUACUCCAGACUCUGUGCCCAGCCUGCCCCCCAGGCUACCACCACCUCCUCAGCCAAGGGGUAUCUAAAUUCUCGACCCCAGCCACCUCCACCCUCAGCCCCCCAGUCCAUGGAGGAGGCUCUGGAUAAACUGGAUGCUGAGCUCCAGGGUCAUAUGCAGGCCAGGGAGAGGGAGCAGGAAGAGCGGAAGAGGAGGGAGCAGGAAGAGCGGAAGAGGAAGGAGCAUGAAGAGAGGAAGAGGAGGGAGUGGGAGAGAGAGCAGGAAGAGCGGAAGAGGAGGGAGAGGGAGCAGGGGAAGAGGAGAGAGUUGGAGAGAGUGGAAGAGGAGAAGAAAAGAAGGGAAUGGGAAAAAGAGCAAGAGGAAAGGAAGAGGAGGGAUUUGGCGAGGGAGCAAGAGGAGAGGAAGAGGAGGACUGAGUUGAUUAAAGAGGAGGAGAGGAGGAAGGUGGAGGAGGAGGAGAUGAGCCGGAGUAGUAAAAGGAGAGAGGAGUCUGCCAUCGAGAGUCUGGAGAGACUCCUGUCCGGCAACUCCUCUGCUCCUCCACCUCCUCGCCUGUCCACCGUCUCCUCCUUUGUCCCACCCACCCCCAGCCAGUCAUCCUCCUCGCCCCCCUACCCCUGGCUGAGCCGGGGCGGGGCUCCCCCUUGUCCCCCAGGCCAGGCACCACCACCUCCCGCCCCCCUGGAGAUGUCACGGCCGCCCCCUCUCACCCCCCAGACGGAGUAUGCCAGGGAGAAGCAGAGGCAGAGAGAGAUGUGGGGUGAAACCCCCCCCUCGUCAUUACACACUAGUAACGUCACCUCAGGGAACAACGCCCUGACCUCGUCGGGGCCCUUUUACCCCAACCACCCCUCAAAUAAGACCUUGACACAAGGUGCCUCCCCCCGCCCAUCCAAAGACACCCCCCAUCCCAAGGAGAACGAUAGUCAGCAGGCCCGAGGGGGAGCGAUGGGCGCUGUGGAUCCCCUCCACACCUCUAGCACGGUCUCCCUCCGAGAGCCCCCCAAACUCUUCCAGGCAUUCCGCAGGGAUAGCCUUUCGUCUGGGCCCAACACCUCCAGGAUCAGCAGCAGCACGUCCAGCACAGGGGGCCUCCCCAACAAGCGCAUGCCCAGCGGAGGCCUAGGCAGCCUGGGUUGCAGCACCAGCAGCAGUAACAGCGGCGACUCUGACAGCGCCCAGUUUGAGGAGGAACCCUUGGAGCUCUCAACGUUACUCCCGGACGGUCUGGCCAACAUCAUGGCCAUGCUGGAUGAGUCCAUCAAGAAAGAGGAGGAAUCUCUGUACUGCAGCGACCGAAACGGUGCUAGGGAGACCAUCAUAAAUGCCUUCUCUGCUAUGCCGCCGGCCAAGAGCUAUCUGUGCGCCCCGGACCUCAUCCCAGCGCCCAAUCAGCAACCGCAGGACGACUUUGUUGGGACGAACGUCCACGCCAGCCCCCCUGUACUGAGCCGACAGGGCUCCCUGGCCUCCCCCUGCAGCCGGACCUCCUCCAUCAACGAGGAAGACGAGGAGGGUUGUCUCGCCCUGAAACCCGCUUUGGAGCUCCACGAGCCAGCCGUCCCCCUCAACUCCGACCCCCAGUCAGGGACUAACUACAGCCACAGCGAUCUGGCUAAACUCUAUGGUCUCCCGGAGCCUGUGAAGAGCGAGGGUGACGACGAGGAUGAGGAAGAUGAGUCGGAGACCCCGUCCUGUUCCCCUCCCCCGCCCCAGAGGCCCCACCUCCACCAGACGGGGGUGAGCAGCACCUUCAAGUCUCAGGCCGCCCUGGAGAACCAGAAGUACGCCUACCGAGGAGGUCCGUUUGGCCGCCCGCCCCCCUCCGCUCUGGGGGGACUGAAGUACUCCUCCUCCCUCUCUCUGGGUCCCGACAUCCAACAGCAGCAGAAUAGCACCUCCCCCACCUCGGAUUCCACCAAUCACCCAGGCUUCACGCCGUCUACGGCCCCUCCCCUAAAGACCCGCCCACACUCCCCCUCCAGCUGGGAGGCAAAGAGACAGGUCAAUAUCAAGAUGGAGGAGCCUGAUAUCUGGAGAGAUGGGAGAGAGGCCAUGGAGAAGAGGCUCCAUUCCACGAGGGUGGAGUCCAAGUGUUAUCCCUCUACACAACCCAUCAAGAUGGAGCCCAAGGAAGAGGCCACGCUUACAACCAUCUCCGAGUCUUCUCUGGCCGAGCUGGGCCGAAGCUGUGAGGUUCUCCUGACCCGACACUCCAGCUCCCUCCCCAGAAAGAACCCCUCCGACAGGACCAAGACUGAGCUCAAACAGGAGGGCAGGCAUCACAAGCCUGAGAGAGAGCGGGAACGACACCGAGAGAAGGAGAGGAAACCCGGCCGGAGCAAGAAGCACGGGGAGAGGAAACCCGGCCGAAGCAAGAAGCACGGGGAGAGGAAAGAGGGGAAGAAAAAGCCGAGGGAGAAACGAGACGAGAUGUCCUCCUCCUCUUCGUCCUCUCACUCCUCCUCCUCCAGUUCCAGUUCGAAGCGGCACAGGCACAAGGAGAAGAAGGACCACCGGCGGAUCCUCGGGAACCUGGACCUUCAGCGUAAGGAGAUCCGGGAGAAGGACCGCGACCGCGUUCGCGCCGACAUGAGGAGGAAGGAGGCUGGGUCCACCAGCGAAGGUGAAACCUCCGAAUGGGCGUCUCGUAGUAGAAGUGAAAGAAGUUCAGGAGUCAUGUCCGCUUCUCAGGACAGAGGGGCUGGAUCUACGCUGCAGGGUUCAGCUGCUGACUUCAUGAAGCUGAAGGCCCUGUCGGACGGGCCGCCCAAGGAGCUGAAGAUCAGGCUGAUCAAGGUGGAGAGCGGCGACCGAGAGACGUUCAUCGCCUCUGAGGUGGAGGAGAAGCGGACACCUUUGGAGGAGAUCAGCAUCGAGAACACCGCCGCAGAGGUCAUCAGGGCCUGCAAGGGUGCGAGGGUGAAGGGGAAGUUCAAAGAGUCCUACCUGCUCCCUGCGUUCUCUGUCAAGCCGCUAUUUACUACAGAGCCCCUCCCACGGGAUAAACUCAACCCCCCCACGCCCAGCAUCUAUUUGGAGAGUAAGAGAGAUGCCCUCUCCCCUGUACUACUGCAGUUCUGUACAGACCCCAAGAACCCUGUUACUGUCAUCAGAGGACUGGCCGGGUCCCUACGACUCAACCUGGGUUUGUUCUCCACGAAGUCUCUGGUAGAUGCUAACUCUGAGCAUGCUGUGGAGGUGAGGACCCAGGUACAGCAGCCUGCUGAUGAGAACUGGGACCCCAGCGGCACGGGGCAGACCUGGCCCUGUGAGAGCAGCCGCUCACACACCACCAUCGCCAAGUACGCCCAGUACCAGGCUUCAUCCUUCCAGGAGAGUCUGCAGGAGGAGAAGGGUAGUGAUGAAGAGGCUGAGGAAGAUGAGGAAGACAAGGAGAAGACGAGUAAGGAGACCAGCCCUGAGACACCUAGCAAAGAACCCACAAGUAAAGAUGCUACCAGUACCGAACAGAAACCAGUGGGGAAGAUAAUCAAGUUUGGCACCAACAUUGACCUGUCAGACCCCAAGAGGUGGAAGGCCCAGCUGCAGGAGCUCCAGAAGCUUCCGGCCUUCAUGCGCGUGGCGUCCAGCGGCAACAUGCUGAGCCACGUAGGUCACACCAUCCUGGGCAUGAACACGGUCCAGCUCUACAUGAAGGUUCCCGGGAGCCGCACGCCUGGCCACCAGGAGAACAACAACUUCUGCUCUGUGAACGUCAACAUUGGGCCUGGAGACUGCGAGUGGUUCUCCGUGCACGAAAACUACUGGCCGGCCAUCGACGACUUCUGUGAAAAGCACGGAGUAGACUACCUGACCGGUUCCUGGUGGCCUGUUCUUGAGGACCUGUACCGAUCCAACAUCCCCGUGUACCGCUUCAUUCAGAGGCCCGGGGACCUGGUGUGGAUCAACGCAGGGACCGUCCACUGGGUCCAGGCUGUGGGCUGGUGCAACAACAUCGCCUGGAACGUGGGCCCACUCAACUCCUACCAGUACCAGCUGGCCCUGGAGAGGUUUGAGUGGAACGUGGUCAAGAAGGUCAAGUCCAUUGUCCCCAUGAUCCACGUGUCCUGGAACGUGGCCCGCACCGUCAAGGUCACCGACCCCGACACAUACAAGAUGAUCAAGCACUGCCUCCUGCAGUCCAUCAAGCACAUCCAGGUUCUGCGAGACCAGCUGGUAGCAGCAGGGAAGAAGAUCUCCUACCAGAGCCGAGUGAAGGACGAACCAGCUUACUACUGCAACGAGUGUGAUGUGGAGGUGUUUGACCUGCUGUUCGUGACGUCUGAGAGUGGCAGCAGGAAGACCUAUGUGGUCCACUGUGAGGACUGUGCCCGCCAGAGAAACCCCAGCCUCUCCAACAACGUAGUGGUGUUGGAGCAGUACCGCAUGGAGGAGCUAAUGAGUACCUACGACGCAUUCAGCCUGACUGCAGCCCCGAGUACACGGUGAUAAGCUCCUUCCCCUCCACGUCUCACAGCCAUAACCAAAACUCCUGCCAGACAGGACUUAACAUCUUUAAAAACCCUUUUUUUUUUCCUUCGUUAUUUAAGAUGUUUUUACUACUGCUAAUACUUGCCGAUCAAACAGCCAAUCGAAAACCAGUUUACUACUCAUCACUGUUUACAAAACCGAACCGCCAAUCAAAUGCCAGUUUACCCUUGUUGUAGACUGUCCAUGAGCAGCGUUCUGGUUUCCGGAGGACUUGAAAAAAAUGGAAAGGCAGUUGGUGCUAGUUGCCAUUGUGAACAAGCAACAAAGGGUUGACAGUUAUCAAUGGCAUGAAUUUUAUUCCCAUAUCUUUUUUUAAUUUUUUAUCAUGAAUUCUGAAAUUUGUAAAUGCUGUGUGUUUUAUGUGGGGUGCUGUUUUUUUUUCUUUUUCUAAAAUAAUGUAUUUUCUUUAAGACUAGAUCAGCCCUAGAUAUAUACCACAUUGGCCUUGUGACUUGUAUUUAGAAGAUAAAUAAGAUGCAUUUUUUUUCUAAAAGCAUUAAGAAUAAGGAGACACAAUAAAAAUACAAGUGUUUGAAAUGCUUAGAAACAUACGGGUUUUAAAGUCUUUUUUUUUUAGAUUUUCUGUUUAGUCUUUCUUACUCUUGUAUGUGUUGUGUUUUUACAAAUGUAUAAUGUUUAUUUCCACGGGAACGCGAAAGAGUCAAUUGUCACAACUCUUUAGGAGUACAUCAGGUCUUUUUGUUUUAUUGAAUUGCUUCCAUUUUUGCAUUGUGUUGUACCUCUGAUUUUGUUAGUUUUUUUUGCUUUAAUAUACAGAUUUAUAAUUUUUCUUCUGGAUUUUACAUUGUACAUUUCUUUUUUUAUUUAAAAUGUUUCUUAUAUUUAUAGGAUGUCAAUGUUCUCCCCUUUUUUAUUAGGGUUUGAAAGUCCUUUUUGUCCUCUAACAACUGAAAUGGUGUGUUAUGGGAGGACAAGGUUCUCUGGUGCUUCUUCUGGUUCUAUAUAUAUAUAUAUAUAUAUAUAUAUAUAUAUAUAUAUAUGAUAUUUCUAAUGAAUAUAACUUACACUUUCCCUGUAGUUAGUAGGAUCCACAGCCGAGGUUGAGUUGACGAAUGGAAUACGGUCUUUUUAAUGCGUGGGGGGGAAAUUGUCAUUGUUUUUUCAUUCUUUUUAGGGGGCUUUGAUUUUUUAUUUUUUAUAUAUAUAUAUUAUUGUAAUCUGUUGGAAUAUUGACUUAUGGGAUAGAAAGGUGCUACAGUUUUCGGAUAAACUAUUUUUGUUUUUCCUUCAAGAUAAAUUCUAUUUUUCCUGUUGCAAUAUACCUUCCUUUUCCUUCUCUUUGUGGUCAUUUAUUUAAAAUGCACUCUUUAGAACACACACACACCAAACUGAGCCAGACAUUUCUUAAACACUUUGUGAAUUUGUGUGACAUUUUACUAUGACUUAUUAAUAAAUAAACGCUUUUGAUAAAGCCUAAAAUGUG